AUGAGCCCCUGCGGGUCUCUCAACCUGAGCCUGGCCGGCGAGGCCACCUCGUGCGCGGUGCCCGGGGUCCCCAACGCGUCAGGCCUGCCGCCGCAGCCGCCGGCUCAGCCGUCGGGGGGCUCCGGCGCGUCGCCCGCGCUGCCCAUCUUCUCCAUGACGCUGGGUGCCGUGUCCAAUGUGCUGGCGCUGGCGCUGCUGGCGCAGGCUGCGGGUCGCCUGCGGCGCCGCCGCUCGGCCGCCACCUUCCUGCUCUUCGCAGCCAGCUUGCUGGCCACCGACCUGGCCGGGCACGUGAUUCCGGGUGCGCUGGUGCUGCGCCUGUACGCGGCGGGCCGAGCGCCGGCCGGCGGCGCCUGCCAUUUCCUGGGAGGCUGCAUGGUCUUCUUCGGACUCUGUCCGCUGCUGCUGGGCUGCGGGAUGGCCGUGGAACGCUGCGUGGGCGUCACGCGUCCGCUGCUGCACGCGGCGCGCGUCUCGGUGGCCCGCGCGCGCCUGGCCCUGGCGGCGCUCGCCGCGCUGGCCUUGGCCGUGGCGCUGCUGCCGCUGGCGCACGUGGGCCGCUACGAGCUGCAGUACCCCGGCACUUGGUGCUUCAUCGGCCUGGGCCCUCCGGGAGGCUGGCGUCAGGCUGUGCUGGCCGGCCUCUUCGCCGGCCUCGGCCUGACCGCACUGCUCGCCGCCCUGGUGUGUAACACGCUCAGCGGCCUGGCCCUGCUGCGCGCCCGUUGGCGCCGCCGGCGCUCGCGAAGGCUCUCCCAGGCCUCGGGCCCAGACAGCCGCCGGCGCUGGGGCACUCGUUGGACCCGCUCGGCCUCUGCCUCGUCUGCUUCAUCCAUCGCAUCCGCCUCCGCCACCCUCCGCGGCUCCCGGGGCGGCGGCUCAGCGCGAAGAGCCCGAGCGCACGACGUGGAGAUGGUGGGCCAGCUGGUGGGCAUCAUGGUGGUGUCGUGCAUCUGCUGGAGUCCGCUGCUGGUGUUGGUGGUGCUGGCCGUAGGGGGCUGGGGCCCCACUUCCCUGCAGCGGCCGCUGUUUCUGGCUGUGCGCUUGGCCUCCUGGAACCAGAUCCUGGACCCUUGGGUGUACAUCCUGCUGCGUCAGGCCGUGCUGCGCCAGCUGCUGCGGCUCCUGCCCCCGAGGGCUGGCGCCAAGGGCAGCCCGACGGAGCUGGGACUCGCGCGGAGCGCCUGGGAGAUCAGCUCGCUGCGCAGUUCUCGGCACAGCGGUCUCAGCCACUUCUGA